AUGAGUAAUUCAAAUGAAAAUAACGAAUUGGACAUAGACGAUCGUUUAAAGUCAAUGGAACAUUUGGUUUGUAAAGAUGAGAAAGAAAUAAUGAAAGUUAAUGAAAUUAUAGAAGAAGCUUCAAAUGUGUUAUAUAACUUUUCUAUAAAGCAAGAUGAUUAUUACAAAUAUAGUACGAUUGAUGAAGACUCUCAUUUGUAUUUUAAGAAAGUUAAUAACACUGAUGUGGGGAAAAUUGAUUUACUCUUUCAGGAUCCAUCAAAAUUUGAAAAAAUUAUACAAACCAUUUGGGACGAAAAUGGCACAAGAAAAUUUGAUCCAUAUUUUAUAGAAGGCAAAAUAUUGCGCAUAUAUGACAAGGAUACAAUUUUAGUGAGACAAAGUUACAAAGGAACUUUAGGAAAAGAGGGAAGAUAUUUUUAUAUUGUAGCUCAAAAAAAGAAGCUAAAUAAUAAUACGUAUCUUAUAACUUGCGUAUCCUUAAAUAUAAAUGAUAAUAAUGAAAAGUGCACAAGUAAUUUUAUUAAUCCAUUUAUACAUAGCGCUAAUUCCUUUACCCUAAACAUUGAAUGCGAUGAAAAUAUUAAGAAUUCGUCAUUAAAAAGGAUGUAUAUUAAUUUAUCUGGUUAUCAUAUUAAACGUGAAGAUAACUGUAUAAAAUUUACUUAUGUAUCUUCUAUUGAACUAGAUACGUCUCCUUUGAUUCCCCAAUUUAUUAUAAGAAAAGUCAAAGCGAAGAAAAUGUUGCAGUUAAAUACCUUAAGACAAAGUAUUUGA